AUUUGUGUCAACAGACAGUCCGCAUCAGCUACAGCGGCAGGCAUGACCGCCUGAUUGCGUGCGGUCAUCGAGCCUGCUAUCACCAACAUCGACCACCAUCACACAGAUCAACUAUCGACGUCCAGGUGCACAGCACAACCAUGAUACCUCCGAACUCGAACCCUUUGACCUACCCGACCCCGACCCAGGUCGCAUCAUCCAGCACGACCCCACCUCUUCUCCUCGCCCAGGCUAAUAUCUGUAUAAAGACCAACCGGACUUUCCGGGAACGACGAGACGAGGUCGAACAGUUACAGAAACGAUGUACCGCCGCUUCGCUCGAAAAGGGGGUAGUUGAUGGGUGGAGUGACGAGGUGAAAAGAGGGGUGAGCGGGUGGGUGGACGAUAUAGAGGUCUCGUGGAGGUGUUUACGGCGAGCCGUAUGGGACCAAGAAAAGGCGUUCAGGAUGGUCAUGGAUUCUCUAGACAUCAUCCUCUCCAAUUCCCUCCUCACUCCUCUUAUCCCCCGUACGAUCUACCCUCCACCCUCCGGUCAACCUCCUCUAUUCACCAUCCUCCCUUAUCCGGCACACACAGACCCUCUAGAUAGACCGAUCGCUGUGCUUAGCCUCCGGUCGUUGCGUAAAGAACCUUCCAAAGAGGGCAAGGAUAGGGUGAAACAGUGGGCUUGGUGGUGUGCGGAGAUUACGAGGAGAUGUCUCAAAGAGGUGGAUGAAGUGAGGCGAGGAAGGGGAGAGGAAGGGGAGCAGCAGAGGGUGACGGGGUGUGUGAUGAUGGUGGAUUUCAAGAACGCUGGAUUUAAGAAUAUCGACCUCGACAUAGUCCCGCAUCUCUUGGCCAUCCUGCAGACAACCUACCCAGGUUUAUUCAGCACCAUCUACCUUUUGAACCAUUCCUGGACCCACGCCUCGUUAUGGACCGUCGUCAAACGCCUCGUACCUAAGUCCGUACUCGACAGGGUGAGGUUCUUGGAAAAGGGCGACCUGGAACAGGUCAUGCAGCUCGACAAGAUCCCUCAAGGGUUGGGCGGGAAGAGCGGGUAUGACGUGGCAGCGCAUCCGGAGGAGUCGAUCGAUAGGUAUUCUUACAAGUUGACUGGGCAUGAGCAUUCUUUUCGUGAGAGGGAGUCGUCUGGUGAUCCUUCUUCGAGUUCGGGUGGGACAUGCGCAGCUCGAGGAAAGGACGAUUCCCCUCACGAACAACAGGAAGAAGAAGGAGGCGGAGAAGGACGGCAUGAAAAGCUCGUCGGUCGGAAACCGAGCUUGGGGGUGAUCGCCCCUACGCCGGUGAGCGAGCGGAGCGAGGAGUCCGAUGUGAGCGAUUCGGAAGAAGAGAGCGACGCUGCUCUUCAGGUCGAUAGGAUGAGGGGGUUCGAACUCCACCUCUCCCCCGAUCGGGUCAAGCGGCCUUCGUUCUCGUCCAGUUCGAGCUCGACCAAGAUCGCCGACCAGACAUUAUCGACCACUACUACGACCACCAUGAUCUCGGGUUCCGCUUCGGGGUCUUUACAUCGGUUCCCGAGCUCGUCCCGGUCCAUCACCGGUGAAUCGCCCAAGAUCCAGAUGAGGGUGACCGGAUGGCCUAGACUGUCGUUCGAUUCGGCGAGCGAACGAUCGUAUUCGGCCUCGUUGCAGGAACAUCAUUCGAGACGGCUCAGCGAGACGAGGGUGGCAGCGGAGAAGAUCCGGGCCAAGGAGCUCCUUUUGAAAGAGCUUCGUGCCGACGAGAACGGGGAUGGCGAUGACGAGUCGACGACGGGCCGGAGGAAGAAGCGGUUCACUAUCGGUCCUGCCGUUCGGUCGAGGAGCGUGGAUGAGACGGUGCUUCAAGCUGCACGAGCAGAAGGACCAAUCAGGAGGACCGGUCUUGCCAUCUCUGCUUACGACAGGAUGAAGAACCCCAUGUUCGGCUACCCGGCCGUCUGUGUCUCUGUUGCGCCUCCCGAGACGGUCGCUAUCGACCCACAAGGUCUCGGUCCUUCGAGCACGAGCGGCCCGCAUCCGGGGGUUAUGUACGCAUCACAACCCGCUCAGACCAUCGUUCCCAUGUACGGUCGACGUCGGAAACGAGAUCUCGUCAAGACUUUGUUCCUGCUAGGUAUCCUCCGGAUCGUCGGCUUGCGAGACUGGUUCGUCUCUUUCACCGGCGAGCUAGGGCGGCUGUUUUGGGGUCUACUCUACAUCCGGCGGUGGGUCAGCAGUAUGAGCGGUUUGGAAGCGCAUGAGAGGGGUCGGUCGGGCAUGUACGCUCGGGGGAGGAGGGACGUACCCUUGACGCCUACGUCGGGGUUGAACAGGCAACUCGAGUUGUCAACUUCCAAGGAGGCUAUGAACCCGACCGUACGGCGAGGGAACGCGCUGGUCUCGCAGGACGACUGGAUGUGGUUGUUCCUCAGCCUGUUGGUGGUACGGGACGGCUGGGGCAGGAUCUUUGUCAACGCAUGGGAAUCCACGAGAAAGGGCUUGAGGGCGGUGACUGGGAGAUCUCGUUGAGGGGCUGUUCCCCCCAUUCGAAGCGCUGCGGCAUAACGCUACGUCAUGACAGCCAGGU